CUCGUGCGCCGAGCUUUGGGAAAUGGAGUCGCGGCGACGAAACGCGGCAUUCUUUUAAUUUUAGCCGGCCGUGUUUCGGUUUUAGUCAUUUCAGUGUCGAUGCGUCCACGGACGGGAAAUUACGUGCAUUUCGUAUGCUGACGGAUGGAUUUAAAUUGUUUAUAUUGUGCGCGCAAAAUGUAAUUGAUGGAUUAAACUCUUCAGAACUUUUCCGAGCAUGUAGUGCUUCGAUUGUGUGCGUGCGUGCACAUCGAAUUAUAUUUGUGAUUUAACCAUAUAAAAAAGCAGUUUAUAAUUAUCUCCAUUGGUUGAAAUUUUAAAUUGAAAAUCACCCUCAAGUAUCAUACGCAUACGUGAAUUAAAUAAAUUGUACAAACAAAUAGUGCAUGCCUAAUAACGCCGGCAGCAUUCUGUUGAUCAUUAUAAAACAUUUCAUUGUCGAGCGCAUUUAUUGCACACGUACAAUUCAUUAGUGGCGGACAGUAAACAAUUCAGGCGCAUUUUUGAUUUUUCCAAUCUGCUCUGCUUUUCAAUUCGUUUUCACGCACAGUGCCAAUGAACGCAUUUGGUGAAAACUUUAAAAUUCCAAACCACAACAUAUAAAAUAAUUGGAUUGUGCUGCUCAUGCAGGCAGUUUUACGCAUUGCAUUACAUUGCACAUUACACCAAACGUACACUACAUUGUAAGUACAUAAUUGAAAGGUUGAUUCAGUCGAUGCGUUUCAAUUAUAUCAAAGUUUCAGUUUGCCGUUUAAAUACUAAAACUAAUCAUCAUAUAAUUACGUACAUUAAUGGAAUACAUUUCGAAAAUGCAUUAUACAUUUUGAAGUGCGGCUAAUUUAGUUAUUAAUUAAUUGAAUUUUUGGAAGUGAGUAAAAUGAGUAAAAAGUUUGUGUACUGGGUGACAUUGUGCUUGCUCAGCUUGGUGCUGGAAGCGAAAUUAGUGAACGCGCAAAAUUGCAACUUUGAUGAUGGAUACUCGAGCAGCUCGAAGCGAUAUGGCAGAAAGGUGCAUUUGAAACAGGGUGCCGUCCAAGGGGUGGUGGUUGAGCCUCGUGUCAAUCACGAGCUCAACGCUGUUGAACAAUAUCUUGGCAUUCCGUAUGCAGCGCCACCAACAAGUGAACUGAGAUUUAUGCCACCAGGUAGUGCACCAGCAUGGCCCGGAAUAAAAUGCGCCGACAUGAUGGGUCCCGUUUGCCCACAGAAACUGCCCGACGUCCAGCAGUUGGACCCGACGCGCAAGGACCACUUUACCCGAUUGCUCAAGCAUCUUGAGAAUCAAUCCGAGGAUUGUCUCUAUCUGAACAUCUACGUGCCGAUGCAAGAUGAUUAUAUCGCACGAACAUCAAAAUAUCCAGUAAUGGUGUACAUACACGGCGAGUCCUUCGAAUGGGGAUCUGGAAAUCCAUACGACGGCAGUGUCCUUGCAAGUUACGGAAAGGUUAUUGUAGUUACAGUCAACUUUCGACUUGGAAUUUUAGGUUUCCUGAAGGUCGGACUGGAAGAGACGUCGAGGAGUAAUUUUGGUCUCGUCGACCAAGUGGCGGCGUUGGUAUGGGUCCAAGAGAACAUUCAAUACUUCGGAGGAGAUCCCAGCGCCAUCACUUUGUUUGGACAUGGAACUGGAGCGGCUUGUAUUAGUUUACUGAUGUUAUCACCAAUGGUUCCCAAGGAGAACAAACAAUUGUUUCACCGAGCUAUUCUUAUGAGUGGAACGGCUUUAUCAGACUGGGCAUUAGCUAGUAACUCACGUCAAGUGACUUACCAAGUGGCUGAAGCUCUGAAUUGUCCAUCAGAUGAUAAACUUGCAGCGUGUUUACGAAAGAAACGACUUUCUGAGUUACUUGAUGUAACUGCAACAACAGCUGAUUAUUCUACUAAAUUUGGACCAAUUGUUGAUGGUUUAGUAAUUCCUAAUGAUCCCGCAAAGAUCAUGAGCACCUACAACGAGUUCUUUAGCAGAUUUGAAUUGAUGUAUGGAGUUACCGAAGUAGAAAGUGUCCAGUUGUUACCUCCAGUUGGUCUUGCUUUUGGUCUAUUAGAAAAAGAACGAGACCAUGAAUUGCGAAAGUUUUUCUAUGCCAGAUGUGAAUAUAAACCUGAGAAUUGUGUAGCGCAUACUCUCGAACACUAUUCGCAGAAUGUCCCACAUGGUCCCCAACAAUACCAAAUGGAUGGUUUUCCCGAACCUGACAGAGCAUCCAUAGCCAGAGACUUGUUGUUGGACAUGUUGAGUGAUGCAAGAACUGUAGCCCCCAUCGCUCUGACAGCCAGAUAUCAUGCCAGUGUCAACUCGCAAAGUUACUUUUAUGUUUUCGGCCACACGACCGCUUCCCGAGAAUAUAUCACGACGCAUGGAGAGGAGCUGCCGUUUGUUUUUGGUGUACCAUUGGACGGACCGAAAUUCCACUUCGUCGAUCGCUACAAUGCGCAGGAGAAACUAUUUUCGGAAGUCGUCAUGACUUUGUGGACUAAUUUUGCCUAUACGGGAGAUCCGAAUGUACCAAGAAAGACUUCUUAUCAGACACUGACUGCUCUAGAAUGGAGGUCAUAUGAAGUUGAUUGGCCUGAUUUUGAUCCCAAGAACGAGGAAUAUUUAUAUUUGGGUAUCCCACUUCGUGUGAGUCAUCAUUACAGAAGUCGUGAAGUCAAUUACUGGAAUGAAAUUCUUCCAUCUUUGAUGAACAAGAACACGAGUGACUUUUUUCAUCCAAAAAUGAUUCCGGUUAAAACUACUGUUCAACCUCCACCACCACCUAUUUUUGCAAGACCUAAGAAUGUACCACCUUGGUUUCCCUAUGGUAAGGGUACCUCUACUCUAACAGAUAAAUUUGCAAGAAAAUUACCAGAUAGAAAACCAAACGAUGAGAUGUCGUUUGGUAAAGUUAAAUUAAUACGUGAUCCAUUUGAUACUACCCCUACCUCAAGUGCUAUUGAUACGUUAAAUGGUAUGGUUGGAGGAUCUUCUCUUAACAGUGGUUCAUCAUCUCCUAAAGAAUAUGGCACUGUGGUAAUGAGUUCAACUCAACCUGUCAAAACUGGAGGUACAGCCAUGAUUGUUUUAAUUGCUGUUGGAGGAGUGUUCCUUUUAGUUAAUGUGAUUUUGUUUGUUGGACUUUAUUAUAAAUGCACGAAAUUAAAGAGUCGUGAAGAAAUAAAUAAAAGGAUUUAUGGUGAGGUGGUCGCUGAGAAUGCGAUGAUGCGUGUAGGAGAUCCCUCUGUGUCUGAUAAACUAGAUGAUCCAAGUGAUGGAGGAUGCGGAAUAAUGAAAAUGAUUAGUAAGUCAUCUCGCAGUGAAGAUACCUAUGAAGCAGUAAAGGUUAGUGAAAGUGGUUGCGGUGGGGGAUCUUACAAACUAUCUCGUCAAAUGUCUGCAAGUACGAUUGAUCCCCAUACCAAAGUCAGCAAUUGGAUUGCACAUGAAAUUGUACAGAGGUACAGCCCUAAGUUUCUUCGAAAAAAUGUGCAUGCACAGGAACACUUAGCAACAAUCAAUAGUACUCAGAAAUUAUUGAAAGGUAAUCAGGAAAAGCACGCUCUUGAUAUGGCUUCGUCAACUAAUCAACAUGUGAGGAGUGAUUCUAAAACCACAGAAAGUUAUUCUACAUUAGGAAAGAGUCCAACCAGACCUGUAACACCUAUUGAAACAACUGGUACCAUGAAAGGUAAAAAAGAGAAGGUUUCUAUUGGAAUAGAUGCCACACCAGCUGCUCGAAGUCCUAGUAUUCUAAGACAACAACCUAUAGAAUUAACUAAGUCAUUGGAUUACUCUACGAGAAGUAGUGAAGAGUUGGAAGAUGUUCUUGGGUUGAAACGAUCAGCAACAGAAAGCAACAUUGCUUGCCCUCCAAGUGAUUUAAAGGAAGAUCAAUCAGUUGGAAACUCAACAAUUGUCAAAAUUGAACAUCCACCUCAACAACAUCCGGUGGGUAAGUCUGAACCUGAUCCUUAUGGAUGGUCACCUAUUUACGCACAACCCGGAAAGAAAAUGAAGAGUUUUGAUCCAUCAAAUGACGUGAAUGUCACAUCAAGGGAAGAAGAUGAUUGUGUAACUCCUUUAACACCUGAGGAAUCAUUACAAAUUAUAAAAAGAAGAAACUUCCCUAAAGUUCUACCAGAUUACCCAGAUAGACAAAAUAUGACCAUGGCGCAGAAACGUAGAUCAAUGCCGGUAGCAAGUCCUUUAUUUAUGCCUAUACCUGAAAAUCCAUCAAUGUCACAACCUAACUCCCCAAACAAAAUGUUUAAUAACUAUCGUCCAAUGCCACCUCCAAGAGGAUGUUCUACCCUAGGACGAAAAUCACAAACUUUACCUCAGUACAUUGGAUACAAUCCCGGUUUCACACCACAAUCACCAGUUCAAAUAGCAGAUGAACCUCCUUCUCCCAAAGAACCAGAAAUCACUUGCAACAAUCUCUACGUCGGUCCACUAAUUCCUAAAGACAAAGACAAGGAGAAGGAGAAAGAAUUUGACAUGCAACCAAUUUAUGAUAAUUUAAAAAUAAUCAGUAAAGUUGCUUCCGAAGCCGAUGUCCCACAACACCUCGAGAAGAAGACAACGCCUAAGACUAUAAUCACGACGGAUCCGGAUAAUCCGAUCAGGAAAGUCGAUCCAAAAGUUAUUAUUAAGCCGACGAUUAGCCGCACGGGCGUUGAGGGAAAAUCGCGCGGCAUUCCACGCGUCACCAUGAAAGAUAACCCGGGGGUUAGUUCCAAUCAGAACAUCCCACCAAACACAGGCACUGGCAAUGUUUCUAAUGCUAAUGCGGUAGUUAGCAUAAACGAGAGCAAACCGGAAGCCGGAUGCACGUCGGGGACGACGAGCGUGACGCCGAGAUCACAACGCCGGCAGGAAGCCAUCUUGUCGGCGAGCGCCAUUGCGGCAAUCGCCAGCGCCACCGCUACUCCACACACUGAAAACACCAACGAUGAAAAAAACAAGGGAAAGUGUACACCUUCACAAAUUCCAAAACUUGUGAAGAAUUCUAAUCCGAAUCUGAGUAAAGAAAGUAGUUCGGAAUCGUCUCCAUCAGAUGAAUCAGAAACCGGCACGGUUAUUAAACGAAUAUAAAUCAUUAAAAAUGAAUUUAGAUUCACUAAAACUAUAAGUUAAAAAUGGUGUGUGUAGUCUUUCCGUAAAAAAGCACUGAAUACUUUUUAUACAAUAAUAAGUUAUAAAUUUAGUCAUUUUCUAAUCAUUAUUAAUUAAAUCUAUUAAUGGACAAACUAAUUAGUUGUAUUAUUAGUUGAUAGAAACGAAAUGUACUUACGUUGUGACUUAUUCAAGACAGUAUUCUAUCUAAUUGUGUGUUCAUCACGUUUUUUAUAUAAAAAUAUAUACGUAAUCUAUA